UUUAAGAGCCCUUUAAAUAAAAAAAAGGGCUCUAUUUUGUGGAUGGAUGCAGGGUUAAAUCGAUUUAACACUGCUAAAUUCGACCUCAACUCCUAGUGUAGACCAGGUCUUGUCCUCUCCUGUGCACUAAGGGCUUUAGUUUCACUUUGAUUUUUUUCAUGUGUUCCUCUCACUGCUUUGUGACAAGCUGAUCUCCACAAAAUCAGUUCCUGUAAAACUCUGCUAGGUUGUUCUUCCCUUAAUGGUGACUUACUGACCCAUUUGUAUGCAUGCCUCCACACACACAGAAGGGGACUGAACUCAUUCUUUGCUUUACUCUCAUUCCUUUGCCACUCCAACACUUUGUGCAAGAGCAUCUGAGACUGUUUUGUAAGCUGAAGAAAGCAGAGGAGCUCCCAACCCUCUGGGUAAAGCAGCAGCAGCAGCAUCCUGGAAGGCUGUUGUAGAAGGCAGAAGGAUUUGCAGCUGUAGGAGAUACAAUAUGUCCUGUGAGCAGAGCCGGAAGGGGAGAGAUUCACAUACUGAUGGUCAAGACCCUGGAGGACGUGAACUGAGAAUUGUCCUCGUUGGUAAAAGUGGAGCUGGGAAAAGUGCGACAGGAAACACCAUCCUUGGCAAGAGAAAGUUUGAGUCCAAGCUCAUGGUAAAAAAGUCAGUAACUGAGACUUGUGCUAAAGAGAGGGUAACAUGGGAUGGGAGGGAGGUUGUGGUUAUCGAUACUCCUGAUAUUUUUGAUACAAAGGCCCCUGAUGAAGCAUCUGCCUGUGAGAUCGCUCGCUGUAUCAUGCUCUCCUGCCCAGGCCCCCAUGCUCUGGUGCUGGUUACACAGCUGGGCUGUUACACUGAAGAUGAUACGGCAGCAGUCAGUCGAAUACGAGAGAUUUUUGGGGCUGAAGCAAUGAGGUACAUGGUUGUCUUAUUCACCCGGAAAGAAGACUUAGAAGGUGACUCACUGAAUGAUUAUAUAAGAGACUUGGAUAACCAAGAUCUUCGGAAGUUGAUUAAUGUUUGUGGGAACCGAUGCUGCGCUUUGAACAAUAAAGCAACUGGCACAGAAAGGGAUGAGCAGAUUAAUGAACUGAGGAAAGUGAUUGAGGAAAUGGUGCAGGGGAAUGGAGGCCGAUCUUACAGCAAUGAGAUGUACAAAUAUGCCAAAGAGAAGACUGAACAACAGGAGAGGGAAUUUGAGAAAAUAUACAGAGAACUAGAGGAAGAAAAGGUAAAAGAUAUAAUACAUCACUUCAAGGAGAAAUAUAAAAAUAUAAAGGAAGGCUUAAAGUCAAGGCCAGAGGAAAUAAAGGAAAUACAUCUAAGACUAGGCGAGACUGUAUAUCAAGCUUUAGAAACGCUGUCAGAAGCUCAAAGAGCCAGAGAGGCAGAACAGGAAGAAAACCUGCUGAAAGAAAUACAGAAGUACUACAAGGAAAAGGGAAAACAAGGGAAGAAGGAAGCAAUGACGCCAGAAAGGAAAGGGAGAGAAAAUGAAGAAACUGCUGAAGGUGCACAAGAAAGCAGCCACAUCAAAUUAAAAUUCAUCCUUGUUGGUAAGGAAGGAGCUGGGAAAAGUGCAACGGGAAACACCAUCCUUGGCAACAAAGUGUUUGAUUCCAAACUGGGGGCAAAGCCAGUAACCGAGGCUUGCAGUACAGGGAGCAUGAGCUGGAACGGGAAGGAGGUUGUGGUUAUCGAUAUGCCUGAUGUAUUUUCUCCAGAGGCCAGUGACACAGAAACCUAUCGAGAGAUCAGUCAUUGUAUCCUGCUCUCUGCCCCAGGUCCCCAUGCUCUGGUGCUGGUGACUCAGCUGGGCCGUUACACUGAAGAAGACAAGGAAGUAGUGAAGCGAGUAUGGGAGAUUUUUGGAGUCGAAGCUAAGAGGAACAUGAUCGUCCUGUUCACCCGGAAAGAAGAUUUAGGGGGUGACUCACUGAGGGACUAUGUGACAAACUCAGAUAACAAAAAUCUUAAGGAGCUGAUUCAAGAGUGUAAGAACCGAUACUGCGCUUUCAACAACAAGGCAACUGGAGCAGAGAGGGACGAACAGGUUAAUGAGCUGAUGGAAAUAACUGAGAAAAUGGUGGAGGAGAAUGGAGGCAGAUGCUACACCAAUGAGCUGUAUUCUGAGGUGGAGCGUAUGGUGGAUGGAGGAACUGAAGAAAAGCACAGGAAGGUUGAAGAAAAACUGAGAGAGCAGAUGGCAAAACAAAAGACACCCAAGAAAGAGGCUAUGACUACUAGAUUACACAACAUGUUGAGGAGACCCUGGCUGUAAGAGUAAUGACCGAGGCCCAGCAGCUCCCACCUUCCACUGAUCUAUGGAGGAAGGGGCCUGUACCAUUGGGGCAGCCUCCAGGACAAGGUGUAAAAGACUUAUCCCCCUGGAAGCAACUGUAGCCAUCAUCAGCCAAUAGCAGGGAGCCAGGGACCAGAACCUUCCCAACCUGCCAUGUGAUAACGAACCUUUUGGAUUUCCCAUUUUGGACUCUGAAACCUACUUCAAUCACUAUGCAUAAACAACCCACCCCACUGCCAAUAAUACCACCUGCCCUGCAAUAUCGCUGCACCCCACCAUUGCCUCUAUCCUUCUUCCCUACCACUUUCCCUUGUUUUCAUCCCUAAUUUGUUCCCAUAUGCCCAUCCUCCCCCUUUUGCCUCUGCUACACACUCACAUGCCCUCUACCCCCGAAAACAGUUAUUUGUUGUAUGUAGCUAUAGUUU